AUAGGUAAGCCGUUUGGCUGCUGGAACACUGUUCAUGUUGCUAACCUAUUUACCUGGGGCGUUUGGUCCCCCUGAGUUGCCCGGCCAGGGCGACUGACGCAUGCACGUUGCUAAGACAGGCGGUGCCAACGCAAUUCUGCCAUCCUUUCUGCGGUGGCAGCGCGCCCAUGGAGCCUGAGGUGCAGAACACCGCGACCCCUGCUGCGCUUGGCUUUCGGAUGCCCGCUGAGUGGGAGCCCCAUGACGGCUGUUGGAUGGGCUGGCCUGAACGUCCGGACCUGUGGUAUGGGAAUGCCAAGCAUGCGCAGGCCGCAUUUGUGGAGGUGGCCACCACCAUUGGCAGAUUCGAACCGGUGACCAUCAUUGCUAGUGCGGCCCAGUGGCCCACUGCGCGCGCCAUGCUGCCGCGGGAGAUCCGGGUGGUGGAGACCAGCUUCAAUGACGCCUGGCUGAGGGACAUUGGACCCACCUUUGUGGUGCGGGAUGCGCCUUCGGGAAAGUCGGAAGAUGGGCGGGAAGUUGCUGGAAUUGAUUGGGCGUUCAAUUCGUGGGGCGGGGAGCUGGGGGGCCUGUACGCAGACUGGACGCAGGACGCUCUGGUGGCGCGCAAGAUACUGGAGGUUGAGAAGCUGCCCCGCUUCCCGCACCCCAUGAUACUCGAGGGGGGCUCCAUACACGUGGACGGGGAAGGCACGUGUUUGACCACGGAGGAGUGCCUGCUCAACCCGAACCGCAACCCGCACAUGCCCAAGGCUGCCAUCCAGGCGCAGCUGCAGGCAUAUUUGAAUGUGCAAAAGGUCAUCUGGCUGAAGCAUGGCCUGUUUGGGGACACUGACACGGACGGACACAUCGACAACAUGGCCUGCUUUGCGCGCCCCGGAGUGGUACUGCUUGCGUGGACUGAUGAUGAGACAGACCCCCAGUACGAGCGCUCGGUGGAGGCGUACGAGCAACUGAUCCGGGAAAAGGAUGCGAAGGGCCGCGCCCUCGAGGUCCACAAGCUGCACCUGCCCACUCCGCUGACCUACACUCAGGAGGAGGUUGACGGGCUGGCACCCAGCAGCGAUGUGCGGGUCAAGACGGACGUCGGCGGACGGAUGGCUGGCUCGUACGUCAACUUUUACAUUGCCAAUGGCGGCAUCGUUGCGCCGGGCUUCGGGGACAUCCGGCACGACGUGGGCGCUAAGCAGAAGCUGGAGGAGGUCUUCCCGGAGCACAAGGUGGUGAUGGUCCCGGCCCGCAACAUCCUGGUGAACGGGGGCAACAUCCACUGCAUUACGCAGCAGCAGCCCGCGCGCUUCCCGGCCCUCAUUCAGGUCGCCGAGACUGUGCGGGAGGACACGGUGCCCCUGGACGGGCCGCCCCUGCCAGACUUUACGUCCGAGGAGGUGGAAGCGGCGCGGGAGAGGCUGAACGCCAAGGGCAUCGGACCGGAAGAGGUGCCCGCGGUGUAACACCACUAAAGGCCGCGAGCACCAGGCCAGCGGAUGAUUGGACCUCGAGGUAUGGUCGCUCGCUGUCCGACUUGGUUCUGACGUCAGCAUCGAUUUGAAGAUUCGGGCGUACCGUGGACAACCAACCCCUCCAAGCAGCUUCUGGCAGAAAUAUUUGUCGGAUAUCCGAUGCGCACGGUACCGAGUGCAAAUCCUUGCCGGCUCCUGACGCUAACAACUGGCCUUAAACCGGACCCCAAUCACCUUGUCAUGCCGGCUCCUUUUACAGUAUUGACCUGAAGAAGGUCCAUUCAAUCGUUUCGGAUCUCAGUCACGGGCACAUGCCUGGUUUGGUCAGGUUGUUUG